AUGCUUGGUCUCAUUGAUAUGGCUUAUAGUUAUGAUUUGAAAGAUGAGGCUCAAGCCAAAGAGUAUUUAGAUAGAAUUGGUAUUGAAUAUCGUUUUCAGUGUUAUAAUGAAAAUUCACCAGAUGGUUGUCAUCGGCUAGGAAGUUUCCUGGAAACAGUUUUGAAAGAUUGGCAGAAAGCGUUUGCAGUUUUUCAAUUUAAUUGUUCAAAAAAUAAGCAUGGGCCUAGUUGCUUUAAAGUGGGAAUCUUUAAUCUUGCUGGAAAAGGUUGUGAUAUGAACCAAUCGAAAGCGUUUGAGUCGUUUGAAAGAGGAUGUGAAUACAGAGAUGGUCCCAGUUGCCACAACUAUGCUCUUAUGCAUCAGGAAGGCAAGACAAAGGAUAAAAAAAUAGAUUUUAAAAAAGUGGAAGAAAAUUUGACCAAAGGUUGCAGCUAUGGUGAUGCACAUAGCUGUUUUAGGUUGAGUGCUUUAUAUUUAAAAGGAGAAAAAGAUGUUCCACAGAACAAAGAACUUGCUUUCAAAUAUGCUGUUAUUUCUUGUGAACGUGACAAUCCCUAUGCAUGUGCAAAUGUUAGUCGUAUGUAUAAAUUGGGGGAUGGAGUUGAAAAAAAUGAAGAACAAGCCAUACGUUACAAACAAAUUGCCACAAACUUGUAUAAUAGUGCUAAAGAAAAACCUAUUUUGUCUGGCAAUGAGUGGUGA